AUGCAGUACGGAAGCAGUGGCAACACGUUGAACAAUUUCAUUUCCAAUGGAUCAUAUUCAUUCUGUAAUCCUGCUUUCGCUUCAUUAGCUGGCUAUUCAUCAUUGGCAUUAUUGAAAAUGUUAGGCAUGUCAGCCUAUACAAUCAUUCAACGCUUUCGCACGGGAAGCUUUAUAACGCCCGAAGAUGAUAUUUACAAAAAAAUUAUAAAUCAGUUAGGUUUAUCUCAUGGCAAUAUGGUAGGAACUAAAAGCGAUCUGGUUGAGCGAUCACGAGAGAAUCAUUUGAACGAUUUGGAGAACAUCGUUCCAUUCGUCUUGGCUGGCCUUUUCUAUAUCGGAACACGGCCCAAAUUCGACUGUGCUCUAUGGCAUUUUCGAAUAUUUCUUCUCUCUCGCCUCCUUCAUACCAUCGCUUAUCAGGUUCCAUUACCUCAACCGACACGAACAAUUUCAUGGCUAUUAGGCUAUUCAAGCAUUAUUUCAAUGACGAUACCAGUCCUUCGUUCGAUUCAAUUAUAA